CAGCCCCCUCAUCCUCCCCAUUGGCUCAAGCUGCACAAACUUUCUUCAUAUCUGCUCGGGUUGGCGACGACAGACAGUUUGUUCCAACACUAAAACGUGGCCACAAGUUGUCAAAACUAUCCCGUCGAGACUUUUCUCCCCCUUGCUCGUCCUGUUUGUGAGCACGACUGAUAUCAAAACCCAGGCGAGGAGGAAGAGUUUAAAAGUUGCCUUGACAGAAAGGGACGAAGAGGGGGCGAGCAGAGAAACCAACACCAGGACUGGAAACUUUACUCCUCUCUUGGACCGUGCAGUCAGCAUGACAGAGAAACCUCCACUGGACGGCAGUGAGGACAGAGUCUGGCUGAGCGAGGGUCAGUCUGAAACUCAGCUUACAAAUGCGGAUGGUCUAGAUGGAGUUGAGACACCCGAUGAAGACCGGCCAGCGUGGGACUCGAAGAUCCAGUAUGUUUUGGCCCAGGUGGGGUUCAGUGUGGGCCUAGGGAAUGUGUGGAGGUUCCCUUACCUUUGCCACCAAAAUGGAGGAGGGGCCUUCAUGCUGCUGUAUGUUUUUCUUUUACUGAUUGUGGGAGUUCCACUGUUCUUUAUGGAGCUGGCAGCUGGCCAGAGCAUUCGACAGGGCAGCAUCGGUGUUUGGAAGCACAUCUCCCCAAAGCUGGCAGGGAUCGGCUACUCCAGCUGCAUGGUCUGUUUUUACGUGGCUCUUUACUACAAUGUUAUCAUUGCGUGGAGCCUGUUCUACCUGGGUAAUUCUUUUCAGUAUCCUCUGCCAUGGGAGCAUUGUCCACUUGAUGUAACCACCAACGGCACAGUGAAAGAAUGUGCAAGUUCUUCCCCAACAUCUUAUUUCUGGUUUCGGAAAGCCCUUAACAUCACAAAUUCCAUCCAAGAAUCCGGAGAGUUCAACCCCAUUAUGACGGGCUGUUUAUUGGCUGCUUGGGCUAUUGUCUCCUUGGCUAUGAUCAAGGGCAUCAAGUCCUCUGCCAAGGUGAUGUACUUUUCCUCAGUCUUUCCGUAUGUGGUGCUCUUUAUUUUCCUGAUCAGAGGGUUGAUGUUGGACGGUGCAAUCGACGGAAUCACCUAUAUGUUUUACCCUAAACUGGAAAUCUGGGGUAAUGUGCAGGUGUGGCGGCAGGCUGCUACACAAGUGUUUUUUGCCCUCGGACUGGGCUACGGCUCCGUGAUUGCAUAUUCCUCCUACAAUCCUGUCCACAACAACUGCCACAGGGACGCGCUGAUGGUCUCCGCAAUCAACUUCAUGACUUCUGUGUUGGCCUCACUAGUGGUUUUUGUUGUGCUGGGUUUCCGUGCCAAGAACAUCGCACUACGCUGUGUGGCUGAGAAUCUUGGUCACCUAAGCACCAUGACGCCCCAUGAAUCUUACCAGAGCCUUGGUUGGCCUUGGAUCAACACGACAGAUCCUGGCUCUGUGUCUUUAGUUGAAUAUAGGCAGUGGUACAGUCACCACAGCUCCUUUGUGGGUCCUAACAUCACUGACUGCAGUCUGGAGGAGGAGAUGAAUAAGGGUGUUGAAGGGACGGGCCUGGCAUUCAUUGCUUUCACUGAGGUGAUGGCCCUGUUCCCUGCCAGCCCCUUCUGGUCCACACUGUUCUUCCUAAUGUUGCUCAACCUGGGCCUCAGCACCAUGUUUGGGACCAUGCAAGGAAUCCUCACACCUCUCAUGGACAAUUUUGGCCUCUUGGGGCGCCAUCGGACCCUUCUCACUGUGUUCAGCUGUGUUUUGGGGUUCAUAAUGGGACUGUUGUUCACCCAGCGCUCAGGCAACUAUUUUGUGACUAUGUUUGAUGACUACUCUGCAACUCUACCGUUAGUCAUUGUAGUGAUCUUUGAAACCAUUAGUGUGGCAUGGGUUUACGGCACAGAUCGCUUCCUGGAUGACAUUGAAGUGAUGCUCAAAUGGCGCCCUCCAGUGGUUUACAAAUAUCUUUGGAAGUAUGUGUGUUUACUGGCGAUGGUUGGCCUUCUGGCUGCCAGUUUGUUGCGUAUGGUCUUCAAAAGGCCCACAUACACUUCCUGGAAUCAAAACACAGCCUCUGAGAUGACUCUGGAGUACCCUGGCUGGGCCCUUGCAAUGAUUGUCAUGCUUAUACUCUUUGCCAGCUUGCCUGUGCCUAUUGGCUACAUCCAUUCCAUGUUGAAGAACCGCAGUGUCCGUAAUACUGGCUCUGAAGAGGCAGUCAGCCAGGAGAUGCACCGCGAGUUGUACACAAAGUGCAGCUCCACAGAGCAGCUGGAUUCCAACUCCCACCACCAAGUCCUUCUUGAGGAAGAAGAGGCUCGUCCCAGGACUGCCUUCCUGCCGAUGGGCAACGAACACUACCGGCUUCUGCCCCAGCAGGAGGAGGAAGAUGAGGAACUGGAUACACGGGUGUGAGCACAGCUGUGGGAGGAUAGAUGUUUGUGAAAGGACAAACUGUUUAAAUGUUAAACCUCAGAGAGUGUAAGAGCAAGAGAGAUUGCAAAGGGAAGGGAGGGCAGUCAUAAACACAGCUAUUCCUUAUCUGAGUCUUUAGGUUGCGUCCAUUUAUCAUAUUCAAGUUAUUUUAACUAUUUAUAUUAUUGAUGGUGCGUUACCAAUCAAACCAAAAGCUUUUUAGAUUCUGUAGUGAUGAAACUACAACUCCUUCUUGUACCUCUCUCCAUUAAUUUUUGAAUCAUCAUACUGUUCAGAAAAUGAAAACACAGAUGAAAAAGGAACAAGCUGCUAUAUUUGGUGAAACAAAGAAUUUACGGAAGGUUUUAGAGUCAGAAAUUAGACUGGUGGUUUGACAGCCGCCAGCACGUCAAACCAGGUUUGUCUAUUGUUUCUGCUUUUAACUGAGUUGACUGGUGUUUAAAGGAAGGCAGCAACAGCCAAAAAUAUACUUUAUGAGUAUUUUUAGCUAAAUGCCAAAUAUGGAUUUCUACCUUGAGGGUGUGUGUGUGUGUGUGUGUGUGUGUGUGUGUGUGUGUGUGUGUGUGUGUGUGUGUGUGUGUGUGUGUGUGUCUGAACAUUUGUGUUCAUUUGUUUGGAUGUGAAAUGACAGAUGUUAAUAUGUCAGUAAAGAUAACUUUUACAUUAUAUUUGUAUCAUUUUACCUCAUAAGACCUCAGCAAUGUUUUUACAUGAGUUCAGUGUAACAGUAUUGUACUGUAUUAGAUGAGGACUUAAAUAAACCUCUAGAUGGCA